AUGGCAAAUGAGGAGCACCUUCAGGAAAGCUUGGACAUGCACGAGCUGGAGCAAGGUGCCAGCAUCGAAGGCCAUAGCAACAUCGACACUGACACACCCACCGUCCCCUCCUCUGCGACCUCGCGACCUCGUUCGCCUCUGUACACCUUGGCUGCGGCCCACGUUACUCCUCGCCUCCUCCAAACCAACGCUCGGACCUCCGUCUUGUCGCCGUAUACGACCUCAUAUCCUCCCCCGCCCCCCAUCUUCGAUGUCAAAUUAUGGCUCGGGAUCGGCGUCGGCGUCGAGGUUCGAGAACUUAGUGUGGACGGUGCGGGGACCUGCGGGCAUACGAGGGAUACGAACCACCGGAAGUACGAGCGGCGGUGCGAGACCCAGGAGGGUGGUGGAUCGUAUAUCCAUGGGUAUGGAUCAACUUCAAUAUUUGCGACAUACGAUAGCGCCCUCACACAAGAGUCUGGCUAUGGCUACGGAUACCGCCAAUCUCAGCCAAUGCAACCUCUUCCACGAUAUCAGGCGCUCUUAACGUCAACACCAAUGUUCGCCUUUCGACCCUUCCGCCCCUUCUUCUACCUCGACCCCGACCUCCGCACGCUCAGCUCCAGCUUCAGGACACUCAACAGCAGCGUCAACCCCAAGUUUGAGGUGUUUGGUUGA